CAGCUCUUUUAAUUUGAAAGCGGAAGUGUGAAAUGCAGUGAUAUGUUUGGCGAAGGGCUACGCUGACAAAUUGUCAAACAUUUGGAAUAGGACUGCGACGUCUAACGCACCGUUUUCAGCUGGAAAAUUUAAAAGAGUUUGAAUUUGCAGUAUGGAUUCAGGGAAACACCCAAGCGCUCCACCAGCAGGAUGGUCCAGUGAGAAGUCCUCCAUGGGACAAGCGCCCCCUCCACCCUACCAGGACGACAGUAGCCCUGGCCCUGGAUACCCACUGCAGGGUUAUCCCGGACAGCCUGCAGGAGUAGGAUAUGGACAGCCUGCAGGGGCAGGAUAUGGACAGCCUGCAGGGGCAGGAUAUGGACAGCCAGCUCAUCCCAUGGGUGGACAGUACCCUGCGCCUCAGCAGGGUACCGUCGUGGUCCAGCCCACAGUCUUUGUGGCUCAGGGUCCUCUAGCUAACCCUGUCAAUGACUACUUGGGCUACUCCAUCUUCACCAUGUUGUGCUGUUGCCUGCCACUUGGAAUUGCCGCCCUUAUCUUCUCCAUCUCGGCUCGGGAAGCCAACCAUGUUGGCGACCGGAUGUCAGCGGAGCGGAGCAGCAGGACAGCCAGGACACUGAACCAUGUGGCUGUGGGACUCGGUAUCGCUGGCCUGAUCCUCUCAAUUGUUUACGUGGCAGUUAUGAUAAAUGCCAUCGGCAAACACUGAUUUAACAUGUUUUCCAUAUUGCCUCUCCAUGCUCAGAAACAGGUUAUGUGAUCAUAUCAGGAACAUUAUUGGUUUUCAGGGUGAUGUUUUAUUGGAAAUUUUUGAGUUUGUGGCCCCUUAUGCGCUGAAACAUCUUUAAAGUUAACCCUAUAAUGCCAUUUCUAUCAUAUUUGCCCUCUUUGCCAUCAACAUAAUCAAUACUUUCCAUAAUUUUAAAAUGUUAUGGACAAAACUCUUUUUUAAAAGAGUCUAAAAUUAACAUUGUUAACAAAAAAUUGUCAAAAACGCCCAAUGUAUCCAAUGUGAUACAAAAAAAAUCUCAUAAAUAUAUCAUAAACAACAUGAUAUAGCAAAAAAAAUGUGGAUUUGGUUAUAAGGGUUAUUAAACAUCUCAGUUCCAAAAAAUCUGAAUUUUCUGGGUAUUUUUUGAUGGGUUGGGUCUUACAGAGUUAAUAAAAUUAUAUUGGCAAUUUAUUGUUAUGAUCUUGCAGAAUACAUCCAAAUCACUGCAGCCCAUUACUCUUCAGCAGUGUGAAGACUAACAUCUAUUACCAAAGAUUCAUAUUUACUAAUCAGUUAUUUUGCUUAUGAUUUGCUUUUGUAUGUUAUCAUGCAUUUAUCAUCACAUUUUUGACAUGUAUGAUUUCUUUUUUCUCAAUUUUGAUGCCUCAUGAAUUGAGUUUAUUGUGCUUUCAUUACACAAGCAAAAUUCAUGCCAUACAAAGUUUACGGUUCAUGAUUAAAUGGCAAAUGAUUAUCAAAAUUGUAUUUAGGUUGUGAGAUUAAAGUUUGACUUUGAGUUUUAUGAUAGAUUUUUGGAAAAGUAUUAAAAGGCUAAAAGGUUUACUAAUGUUAAAAUUCCUCACAGAUGGAGGCAUUUGUUUUCUCCAUGCUGAAAAACAGUGGAAGACGAGUCUGUUGGUCAUCAGUAUUGCAACCUUAAACAGGAUGUCAUCCAGAGACUGUUUAGAGGAGCGCAAAGCUUCUCACGAAAUCAGCAGCAAAGUAGAAACAGUUGAGGCAUUAUGAGGAGCAGCUCAGUCGUUGGCUCCAACUCGGCCUGUAUUCAAACUUGUGUAGGUAUCACUGGUCUUCUGUUGCGCUCUGUCUGUGUUUUUUCUUUGUAGCCAAUGCUUAAGACUGUAUACCAAAUUUCUUUAUAAAUAAAGUUGAAGUAUUUCACGAGAAAAA